ACACAAACACAGACACACACACACAUCCUGCUGCAUGGUGUGACACAAUCAAUAACGUCCCAAACAAAAUGAGCCUUUCUGCCCUCAGGGACCGAUGGGAGGGAAAAAGCGACGGGUAGGUGGGGGGUGUAGAAAAACAGACAGAGAAUGAACGCCAGGGAUCCACUCAGAUCAGCCAUCGCGUCAGAGAGCACCAACCUGCCCUGCCUGCCGCUGCUACUGAGAGAGCGAGUGAAGAGAGAGAAGACAGAAGAGAGAGAAGACAGAAGUAGAGAGAAGAGAGGAGAAGAGAGAAAAGAGAGUGAGCUAUGGCUUCAGAGUUGGAGCUGGCCUUCGUGGAGGACCUGCAGCUGACCGAGGUGAUGCGCCUACGGGUGCAGUCGCUGCAGCAGAAGGGCCUGAAGAGGCAGGAUGGCGAGCGGCUACUGCUGCCCUACGAGGCCGUCUACCGCUUGGACUUCUCCACGCAGGACCUCACCUUCUGCCGCUGGGAGGUCAGCAUGAAGGGCCACGGACGCCUCUCUGUCACGGGAAUAUCGCAGCUGUGGACGCCCGACCUGACCAACCUGAUGACGCGGCAGCUGCUGGAGCCCAACGGCCAGUUCUGGCGCUCUGCCGGCGACCCCGACGACGCGCCACUCAAGUGCCUGGAGGCCGACAUCCAGGAGUUCGGCGAGCGGCUCGCGGAGCUGGCCAAGGUGCGCAAGGUGAUGUACUUUCUGUUCGCGUUCAAGGAGGGCGCUGAGAAAGCCAACAUCAGCUGCUCGGUGGUGUUCAAGCCCAACGCAGCUUGAUGCUGACCCUGACCCCAACAUGGGCUGCUGCAGCCCCACUCAACAGGCACAGUUAGUACUCUUGCUACGGCUAGGUCUUAUAUAUAUAUAUAUAUAGUACCGUCCACUUCUGCUUCUAUACUACUACCCUUCCAGUACAGAUGUCCAGACAAAUCUUUUAAGCACUGCCUGUUAGACAUGUCAGUGUCCUGACUAAAUAUUAUUCUGUUACUUAUUAAAUUAUUACAGCAAAUGUUUGAUGUUUACUUUAGUGUUUGGGGUAGCAGGAGCAAAAUACUUUAAUUUGUGCUUGAUGAUACUUGAAUCUCCUGUUGUUUGACUGCACUCUUCUAAUGUUUCUCAGAGCUAACCAGUAGGUGACAGCUGACUAAAAUAGGAUUCGUAGGACUUUAUUUGAUUUGAUUAAUUCAAGAACUUUUCUAAUGUCAAUAAUUUAUGUGAUUUGUGUACAAUGCCAAAGCAAUUGCCAUGAAUACAAUGUAUGGGUAUUUGCACCGAAGGAAUAAUGUAUCCCUAUAACGGAAACCAUGACAGAAUAUGUGAUGUUUAACACUGCUAAUUAAAUUACUAUUAUUCUGUUA